AUGGGAAGCACCUUUCUGUCUCUACCAGCGAAGCGUUCAAUUUGUUCCACAAUGUCCUCCGAAAACGGAUCCUCGAAGCGCGCCAGGCCCCGCCAGCAGCAGCAGCAGCUCCCUGUUCCUCCGGGCCACGUGUCCUUCCGCAUGCUCUGCCACGCCUCCCGCAUCGGCGGCGUCAUCGGCAAGUCCGGCGCCGUGAUCAAGCAGCUCCAGGUCGCCACCGGCGCUAAGAUCCGCAUCGAGGAACCUCCCCAAGUGGACUCCCCCGACCGCGUCGUGGUGGUCACCGCUCCCUCGGCCGUCCGGUCCAAAGUGGUGCUGAAUGGUCUGGAUGAGAUUGAGGUCUCCAAGGCCCAAGAGGCGCUUUUGAGAGUGUUCGAGAGGAUUCUAGAGGUGGCGGCCGAGAGCGGAGCUAUAGGUAUAGGGGUUGGAGUGGUUUCUUGCCGCUUUCUGGCGGAUGCGGCGCAGGUCGGCUCCGUCAUAGGCAAGGGCGGCAAAGUUGUGGAGAAGAUUCGGAAAGACACUGGCUGUAAAAUUAGGGUCUUGAAUGACAAAUUGCCCGUUUGUGCUGCUCCUUCCGACCAGAUGGUUGAGAUUGAAGGCGAUAUUUUGGCUGUAAAGAAAGCACUUGUUGCUGUCUCUGCUCGCCUUCAAGAUUGUCCUCGUGAUACUUUACCUGAAAUUCGUGUGGUGAUUUCUAGUUUGCCAAGCAGCUCUUAUGUCUCUGGAGUAUCUGUAGAGGCCGAGAGCAUCCCCACACUGGAUGCCAGAACGCUCCAGCAGGAAGUUACUUUCAGGAUUCUUUGUGCCAAUGAUAGGGCUGGGGGUGUGAUUGGAAAGGGAGGUGCCAUUGUCAGGGCUCUUCAGAAUGAGACUGGUGCUACUAUAAGUGUUGGAGGAUCUGUGGCCGACUCUGAUGAAAGAUUAAUUACUAUUACCGCAUCAGAGAAUCCUGAGUCCCGCUACUCGCCAGCACAAAAGGCUGUUGUUCUUGUCUUCUCAAGGUCUGUAGAGGCGGGCAUUGAAAAGGGGCAAGACUCCAGCUCAAAAGGAUCACCUCUUGUCGCACGUCUUGUUGUCCCGACAAGCCAAGUUGGUUGUUUGCUGGGAAAAGGGGGUGUAAUAGUUUCAGAGAUUCGGAAGGUAACUAGUACUGGUAUACGUAUAAUACGUGGUGACCAGGUCCCAAAGUGUGCUUCAGAGAAUGAUCAAGUUGUACAGGUGAACUUGCAGUUUCAGGAGUAUUUUUCAAAUGUGCAAGAUGCUUUAUACAAUAUUACUGGUAGGCUGCGAGAUAACCUUUUCUCCAGUGGAGUAAAUAAUUUGGGGAGGAGGAACAGUUCAGCUGUGCUAACAGAUAGCAAUCCUUAUGGAAGACUCAGGGACCCUGCUCCUAUUGUAUUUCAGCCAACGUCAUCAACUGGUGUUACUCAUGGUCUUGGUCGACAUACUACUUUAUCUCAAAGUAUGGAUCACCUUGGACUCUCCCAUAAUUUAGAUCAUCCAUCUUCACCAAAGCCAUGGGCAUCACAUAUGGUUGCUCCAAGGGGAAUCUCAGAUACUAGGGGUUUGACUAAUCUUAAAAUUGGCUCGGAUCUUGGCAGUGGUAGUAAAUCUGCUAUCGUGACAAAUACAACUGUAGAGAUCAUUGUUCCUGAAAAUGUAAUCGGCUCAGUGUACGGAGAAAAUGGCACCAAUUUGGCUCGUCUGAGACAGAUUUCCGGUGCCAAGGUCAUAGUCCAUGAACCCCGUCCCGGAACAACUGAUAGGAUUAUUGUCAUAUCUGGGACACCUGACGAAAGCCAGGCAGCACAAAGCCUCCUCCAUGCAUUCAUUCUCACCGGACCAUCAUGACAAAAUAAUUCUAAGUUCUGAUAAAUUUCACGUGAGAAGACUCUGAGUGGUCACUUGGCAUUUGGAUUUGUUUAUGUUAAAUAUUGUAACAUAAAGUAGGAAGAUUCAAGGAUGCUAUUUAAUGCCAAUCAAGAGAGUAGAGAAGGUUAAUAUUUCUUUAAUGACCAUUAUGUCCUAGUUUGUUGCCACUUUUGCACAAUGGAUUACUCAAUUUCUCUAUG